UCUGCUUGUACAAAGAAGCACAGCUUAAAAUUUUGUUAUUAAAAUUAUUGCAAAACUCGCGUUUAAAAUGUGUAUAAAUACAAACGGAUUCAUAGGUUCACUUUUAGAUUGCCCUCUGGUUAUGGGAAUAGCAGUCUAUUUGUUAAAGCAAUACAUGCAAGGCGGACAAUUCGAAAAGCAAACCGAUGAAACGGGAAAAGUUGUAAUUGUAACCGGUUCGAAUACUGGCAUUGGCAAGGAGACUGUCUUGGAGCUGGCACGUCGAGGGGCCACUGUUUAUAUGGCUUGCAGGGAUAAAAAGAGAACGGAUCAAGCUCGUCUGGAAAUAAUUAGGGAAACCAACAACCAAAACAUUUUCUUCCGUGAACUCGACUUGGCUUCUCUGGAUUCCAUUCGCAAAUUUGUCACGGGCUUCAAGGGCGAACAGGACAAACUACACAUUCUCAUCAACAAUGCUGGUGUGAUGCGUUGUCCCCGAAUGCUAACCAAAGAUGGCUUCGAAAUGCAGCUGGGCGUCAACCACAUUGGUCACUUCCUCCUGACAAACUUAUUGCUGGAUGUGCUGAAGAAAUCGACACCCAGUCGAAUUGUCAACGUAUCCAGCUUGGCUCACAAUCAUGGCACAAUUAAUAUUAAUGACUUAAACAGCGAGAAAUCCUAUGAUGAAGGAAAAGCUUACUGCCAGAGCAAGUUGGCCAACAUAUUUUUCACUCGCGAGUUGGCCAAACGCUUGGAAGGAACAGGCGUGACUGUCAACGCUAUUCAUCCUGGUGUGGUCAACACUGAGCUUGGCAGACACAUGAAGAUCCUCAAAAACUUUAUCGGACGCUUGGUUAUAACAUGUUUGUUGUGGCCAAUACUGAAGACACCUAAAAGUGGCGCCCAAACUACUUUGUAUGCCUCUCUCGAUCCAGAAUUGAAUGGAGUAUCUGGACUGUACUUUAGCGAUUGCAAACCGAAGAAAGUGGCGCCCGCUGCCUUCGAUGAGGAGACUGGAAAGCUCCUCUGGGAGGAGAGUGAGAAGUGGACCCGUACCAAAUGCUCGAAGUGUUUCUUUAUUGCCACAGUUUAUGACGACAACUCGACCAGCACAAACAUGUGCUCCAUUGAUUGCUUAUUGAGUUCAUUAAUUGUUUGGCCGGUAAUGCUUGCCCUUGGAAUUUACUUUUUGAGAAAAUACACCCAAGGUGGUCAGUUUACAAAGAAAACAGAUGAAACGGGGAAGGUUGUGAUUGUAACCGGUUCGAAUACGGGAAUUGGCAAGGAGACAGUCCUUGAACUGGCACGUCGAGGUGCUACUGUCUAUAUGGCAUGCAGAGAUAAGAAGAGAACAGAGCAAGCUCGAUUGGAGAUUAUUAGAGAAACCAAUAAUCAAAAUGUUUUCUUCCGUGAAUUGGACUUGUCAUCUCUUGAUUCCGUUCGAAACUUUGUGACUGGGUUUAAGGCUGAACAGAACAGACUGGAUAUUCUCAUUAACAAUGCAGGAGUAAUGCGUUGUCCACGCUCACUGACUAAGGAUGGGUUUGAACUACAAUUGGGCGUCAAUCAUAUGGGCCACUUUUUGUUAACCAACUCUCUACUGGACUUGCUUAAGAAAUCGUCGCCUAGUCGCGUGGUCAUCGUGUCCAGCAGAGCACACACUCGAGGCACAAUCAAUGUGGAUGAUUUAAACAGCGAGAAAUCCUACGAUGAAAAGAGCGCCUACAAUCAAAGCAAGUUGGCCAACGUGUUGUAUACCCGUGAAUUGGCCAGACGCUUGGAGGGAACGGGUGUGACUGUCAACUGCCUGCAUCCAGGUCAAGUCAACACAGAAAUCAGUAGACAUAUGCCAUUUUUCCAAACAUUUUUUGGACGCAUUGUGUUAAGCCUUUUGAUAUGGUUGUAUGUCAAGUCACCAAAGAGUGGCGCCCAAACCACUUUGUAUGCUGCUCUCGAUCCUGAUUUGAAUGGCGUAACUGGACUGUACUUUAGUGAUUGCAAACCGAAGCAGGUGGCACCCGCCGCUCUAGAUGCGAAUACUGCCAAAUUUCUUUGGAAGGAGAGCGAGAAAUGGACUAAAGCACCUAAACUGUAUUAGUUGCUUCAUAGUUUU